AUGUAUAAUAUUGCGGAAAAUGUGAGAAAAGGUUUAAGUAAGAAGGUUAUCAAGAAUAUUAAAUCAAUUGAAAGGCUAUAUAAACCGCCUGAAAAAGAUUUCUCCCCAAACUCGACUCUAAACUCCCUUUAUAAUAUAGAUUCCAAUAAUUUAAUAAAUAAUUAUGGUUUAAAAAGUACAGAAAAAUCAAAUAUUACACUUAUUUCACCUAAUAAUGGUCUAACAUUUGAAAAGAAUCCUAUAAGUUUGGUAAAUAACGGAACAAAUCAAGUUAUCGGUACAAAUUUGGAAAAUAAUGAUGUAAAUAAGUUAUUGAGGAAUGUGUAUAAAUCGUCGAGUAAUGGAAUAUAUAAUGAUAGUUUAUGGCAUAGAUAUGCCCAGAGGUUAAGGGUCAUUUCCUCCCUUUUACAACCGACUGACAUUGUAACUGUAUUUUAUUCUUUUGGGAAAAUUAGGUAUAAAGAUAUUCACUUAUUCAAUACUCUCUUCCCAAUCCUCAUUAAAAAUCUACAAACCAUUUCUGCUACAGUUACUCUAUAUAGUUCAAUAUAUCUGAAUUCAUAUAACCAAUUGGAAAAUGUUAUAGGAUUAUCAAUAAUAAUGAAUAGUAUGAAGAAAUUAGAAAUACGCAAUUAUGAUAUUCUCGAUUUAAUUACAAAUGAGGUAUUUUUUAUUCAUAUUAUUACACAUAUUAAUGGCGUAACAAACGAUAAAGCGAAUAUACAAGAUAUAACACUGGUUGCGAAUAGUUUAUCAUUCUUUAAUAUUUAUCACAUUAAGUUUUGGAACUCACUUUAUAAACUAAUCCUCAUUAGAAACAAUCAAAUCGAUCCUCUUCAAGCUUCCCUUCUCAUUUCUUCUGUUGCUAAAUUGGAUAUAAGGCAACUCUGUGGAAAAUGUAAUAGGAAUGUAUUGAUGUUGAGAUUAUUAAAGAGGAGAUUAAGGCCUGCAAUUGAGAAUAAUGAGUUGUCACCAGAGCUCAUUUCCUUAGUGUUACACUCACUCACGAAACUCGAUUUUGAGGCCAAACACUUUUAUAACUCUUGCUAUAACUCUUUUCAUCAUUUCAUACUACAGGAUAAAGUUGAUCUACAAGGAAUUGUAUUAUAUUUAUACACAUCAGUUUGCAUAUUAGAACCAAAUCUAGAAAUGGUAGAAAGAUGUUUGAAGAUACUGGAUAAAUCGAGAGGAAGUUUAAAAAGCUAUAAAAUCCUCAAACUAAAAUAUAUAAUCGACCACUUACAACAUAAACACCAAAGUAUUUUUUACACAUUCUUACGUCAAUUUAGAAGAUUUACAAUUUUUCAUCAAAUUCAUCAAAGAUCAAAAAAUCAAACAGGUUCCCAUAUAUACAUAAAUUAUACCAAUUUUAACAAAAUGCCUAGAUGGUCGUAUGAAAUGAGUUUAUUAUUGAAAGAUUGCGGAGUAAAACAUGAAAAAAAUAUCUAUUUUGAUUAUUUGAGGGCAGAUAUUUAUAUUAAGGAUUUUAAUUUUGUUAUUUUAUGCGCUGGUCCAUACAGCCAUUACACCAAAUCACAUCAAUUGAACAAAUUUACACAAAUUCAUCAAUCAACACUUUCUCUAAAAGGGUUUAAUAUUGGGAUAAUACCAUACUAUGAAUGGAAUCGCUUAAAAACAAGGGAUGAUAAAAUUAAUUAUUUAAAUAACUUUGGUCAAUUGUCUUCUUUAACACUUUUAAACUAA